AUGGCACAGCAGGUGCCUCAUCAGGCGACGGACAAGAAGCGCGUCAAGGUUUAUGAACUGCGUGACAAUGACUGGUUUGAUCGCGGGACAGGCUUUUGCACCGCAGCCUUUACGAUGACCGAAGAUGGGCAGAAAGACCCACGAGUCAUUGUCGAGUCUGAGGACCAGCCAAACAGACUGCUCCUGGAGACGAAAAUUCAAAAGGAGGAUGGAUUUCAAAAGCAGCAAGAAACCCUGAUCGUGUGGCAAGAUCCCGGUAGUGGGGUGGAUAUGGCCCUCAGCUUCCAGGAGGCUGAAGGAUGUGCCAUGAUUUGGCGAUUUGUUAGCGAUGUGCAGCAAACCUUCCACAGCACGAUUCCCGGCGACGACGGGCUUUCGGACGACUUGGCCCUCGAGGUUCCCGCGGCAAUCAACCUACCUGCCGCGGAGCUCGGCAACCUGCCCGAAAUCGAAUCCAGCAUGCGUAUCAUGAGUUCAAGUGCCAAUGGCCGCGACGCGCUUGCCAAGUUUAUCAUGGCGGACGACUACAUCGGCAAACUGAUUCCCUUGGUUGAAAUGGCCGAAGACCUCGAGAGUCUGCCCGACCUCCACCGACUCUGCAACCUUAUGAAGACAAUCAUCCUCUUGAACGACACGACCAUCAUUGAGCACGCUGUGUCAGACGAAUGUGUGCUCGGUGUGGUCGGUGCAUUGGAAUACGAUCCAGAUUUCCCGAGCCACAAAGCCAACCAUCGACACUGGCUCGAUAACCAGGGCCGAUACAAGGAGGUGGUCCGCAUUGAGGACGAGCAGACGCGGCAGAAGAUUCACCAGACCUACCGACUCCAGUACCUGAAAGAUGUUGUUCUUGCACGAAUUCUCGACGACCCAACCUUUUCGGUCCUCAACUCGUUGAUUUUCUUCAAUCAGGUUGACAUCCUUCAACACUUGCAGUCAAAUUCCGAAUUCUUGAGCGACCUAUUUGCCGUAUUUAGCGCACGACGACAUGACCCAAAGAAAAGGAAGGACGCCGUCUUGUUCAUCCAGCAAUGCUGUGCUAUUGCCAAGAACAUUCAGCCUCCAGCGAGACAGUCUCUGUAUAAUAAUUUCAUUGCUCACGGCCUGCUCCAAGUUAUACACUUCGGGUUGAAGCACCGAGACGUUGCGGUUCGAGUGGGCGCCACCGACAUCUUGGUCUGCAUUAUCGAUCAUGACCCGCAAAUGAUUCGACAGACAAUUUAUCGCCAAAUGAGCGAAAAUGCACCCUCGCUAGUCGACUCGUUGAUUGAACUGCUUCUCGUCGAGGUUGACCUGGGCGUCAAAUCCCAAAUCUCGGAAGCUCUCAAAGUCCUGAUGGACCAGGGAGUGCCUUCUCAAGGGCCAGAGUUUGCUCGUGUCAAUGGUGAAUUUCCUGGCAGGCCCCGGCCUCAAGCUCCGGCGGAUCCUCAACAGGAACUCUUCCUCACCCGGUUCUAUGAAGGGUCUGCGCUGAAGCUUUUCAAGCCGCUAUUGGAGCUUGAGGGCAGAUCUAAUCUGAAACUCCCAGUGCAAGAAGCCUCCAUGUACACGUACCUCGUCGAGAUUGCCACCUUCUUCACUCAACAGCAUCACCGAUUCAGCAGAUAUUUCGUCAUGAAUCAUUGCAUCAUUCAGCGUGUUUCACAGCUUCUCAAAAACCCUGAGAAGUACUUGCGAAUAGUUGCCAUUCGCUUCUUGCGUAAGCUCAUUGAACUGAAGGAAGAGUUCUACAUUAAGCAAGUAGUUGAGAAGCAGGCCUUAGGUCCUGUGUUGGAAGUACUUGCGGAGACCAUGCCGAGAGACAACCUGCUGAGCUCGGCAUGCCUGGAGCUGUUCGAAUACAUCAAGAAGGAGAAUCUCAAGGCCUUGAUGAAAUAUCUGGUUGCCAACCACAGGGAGCUCAUGACCAGCCUGAGUUACCUGGCGACUUUCAAGGAUAUAAUCCAGCGCUACGACCAGACCCAAGGAUACACCGCCAGCAUGGACUACUUCCUGGAAGACAAUGAAGAAAUGACCCGGAAACCCCCGCCCCAUACCAGGCUGAUGGAGCACAUCACCGUGGAUCCAAGCGAAGAGGAGUACUGGAACACUUCGGACCCUGAAGAUGAUGAUGAGGACCGCCGCCCAGACUUACGCGACAAGAUUUUGCCGAGCAACGGACCACUUACACCCUCCAAGCCUCUCGUCGACUACCCGUCGGACGAAGAGAGCGAUGAAAACGUCAACACGGAAGCUGAGACUGAUACAAGAGCCAACAACGGCUCCGGGAAGUCGGCAGCCGCCGGGAAACCUGGCCUUGCGUCUGUCGCAUCGCCGCCCGAACGAUUGUCCGAAAAACGCCGCCGCGAAGAAGAUGAAGAGGAUGAGAUUGGGAAGCUCAUGCACAACAAGCGGCGAAACAGCAGUUCUUCCGAGUCGAAUUCAGCCAUGGGCUCAAGGAUGACUCCGAGACGGAAAUCAUUUGGGGCUGGCUCUGGAACCGGCAAGAUUGCCAUAAGCCUAUCGACGGCAGUGAGGACGGGCGGGGGACCAAGGUCAGACGAGGAGUCAUAG